UUGUUCUCUGAGCUGGAUGGUUUGAUCGUGGAGCUUUCAUCGGAAGAAGUGAAGAAACUCGACAGGAAAUAAGACAAACCAUAGUACCGCUAACUCGGCGGAGGAAAGGGAACACUCAACUGACCUCACAUGAACAAAAAGCCUUAAAGAAACUCAGGACUAGAGAAGAUAUUGUCAUAGUCCCAGUGGACAAAGGACGCACUACGGUGAUUAUGGACAGGGAAUAAUAUGUUAGGAAAGCCGAGGAACUGCUUGAGCAUAAGAACGUAUACAAAUCAAUGGACACAUAUCCAGUCAAAAGUUUAGACAAUCAAGUCUCAAGGACUUUAAACAAGCUUGUCAAAGCAAGAUCAAUCGGGAAUGAAAUCCAGUGGUUCAGUACUCCCUCGAUUAUACGGUAAGCCGAGAAUACAUAAACCAAUCAUCCCACUACGUCCAAUUGUAUCACUUCCCGGAACCCCAACAUACAAUUUGUCAUGAGAAAAUUCACCGAUACUGAAACAUUCAGUGGUUUCAUCCAACCACUCCAUCAAUUCUCCCAUACAAUUCCCGGAUAAGCCUAAGGAUAUUCAAGUCAACAAUUUAGAACUGAUGAUAUCCGUCGCUGUAAUAGCUUUACUCACCUCAGUUGAACCAAGCUUAGCAAUGGAAACUAUCCCUGCUUUCCACCAACGACACAAAUCUGCCAAAGUACACGAAGCUCCAAAGUCAAAGUUUACUAAGACUCAUAGAUUUAUGCUCAACAACAUACUUCUAAUUCAACAACUAAAUCUACGGACAAACGAAAGGAAAACCGAUGGGAUCACCAAUAUCAGGACUUACUGUAGAAGCAACGAUCAAUAGACUGGAAACCUCGAUCUUACCAGUGAUCAAGCCAAUAAUUUGGAUUCGUUAUGUGGACGACACAUUCGUCAUUGUCAAAAAGGACGAGCUGGGAAACACCUUCAAACUGAUCAACGACGUCUUCGACGACAUAAAGUUCACGAUAAAACAGGAGCCAAACAAAAAACUAUCAUUCUUGAAUGCGUUAAUCACCAGAACCGACACAGGAAAACUAGAGACUCAAGUUUAUCUGAAGCCUACGCACACAGAUCGAAUUCUCAAUUCCAGUAGCAACAACCCAAGAACUCACAAAAUCAUCUGCGUACAAGCUUUAUUCAAGAACGCGGGGACACACUUGCAACGCGAAAAAAUAAAAAAUACCUGAUUUCCACCUUUCAAAAGAACGGCUAUCGAAUCAGUUUCGUCAAAAAUAUCAGCCAAAGGCAUCAUCAGAAACAAAGUCAAGUACAGAAACUAACAAACAGAUCAUCUUACCAUAUACAAAAGGCAUAUUAGAAAUUACAACGAGAUUGUUGAAGUUUCUUGGAAUAGGUGUCGCAGACAAACAACGAAAUCACUUCAAUCAAUCCUAUUGAAACCAAAGGAUGAAAUGACGAUAGAAGAAAAACCGAACAUCUACAAAAUAAAUUGUUCCAACUGCGAAAUACACUACAUCGGACGAAGUGUAUGUUCCCUUUAUCUUCGCCUGCAUGAACAUCAAUUCGUGGUCAAACGCCAUGACAUAUCCUCGCUUACAUCAAUGCAUGUGGACACACAUUCGACUGGAAGAAUGUGGGGAUCUUGGAUAGAGGCAAUUCUAAAAACACUAGAGAAUUUUUAGAAGCUUGGCACUCAGGUUAAUCAGCAAUCAACAAACACAUUUAAAUCGACCCAAUUUAUCAACCAAUCAGAAAAAUUAUGAACAAAUAUAGGACCAAAAAUCAAACCAAUGGGAGGUACAACCAAAAUAAAGAAAUAAACAAUGACAGACUAAAGGUCAAUAAGAACCAAUCAACAUCGAGGUCUACUGGGCAAGCUGUCAGCCAUAUGUAGAGAAAUUUGAACACUUCACUUCUACUUGAAGUUCGUGCUGAUGAUGUCGUUCAGAAGAACCAUGAAAGCACCACAAACAAAUCAUCCAGCUCAGAGAACAAAACUCCACCAAAAUCACCCACAUGAGCUACAAAUCUUCAUCUCAAAUUUAUGUACAUAUAAUUCCGCACUCAAACAUUCAAAGUUACUACGACGAAAUAAUUGUAUCUAUAUUACUCAAUUACUUCAACGAAUUAGAUUUCAGGAAACAAAAUGACUAACUUGGCGAAUAUUUAUUAGGAAAUUAAUGUUAUUUGUUUAAUCAGAACAAUAUAACUCUAGUUACUUGUUAGUCAAUAUAUGAAUAAGCAAAGAAAAAAUUUCACAAGUAACUAACAUUCAGUUACACUUCCCCUUGUAACGACGAUGUCCCCAUAAAAUAUUGUCUAACAUGGACCCCAGAUUGUAGACAUCAGUUUAUAUGUAUAUUAUUUAAAUUACUGAAAGAUGCUAAAACUGUUUUAACUGAACAGUACAUUUACAUAAGGCAUAACCACUUGUAUUUGUGUUUUAAAGUACAUUCAAAAAAUCGUUAUAUUUAGUGGAAGUCAUCAAAUAACUGAUCACGUGAUAGGGUCAUUCGUAAAAUAAGAGACAUAAGAAAAGAAACACUUAAUCUAUUCUUAUUGGUUUGUUAGACAUUUUCGAUAGUAUAUUUAUGAAACUAUAGAGACAAAAGUUUUUAAAGAAGUGAUUUUUCCACUACGUGAACGUGUAUUUCAACGUUUUUCACUUAGUUUUACAUGUUUCCCUUCAUUUUACACUAUGACGGAUUCUUCAAAUGUUUUCAAUAAUUUCGAUAAUAAACCUGAGUUCCUAACACUCAUAAAAUCGAUUAUAAAGAAGGAUGAUGCAAAUCGAUUGCUAGCAGUAUUAAAUAAUCUUAGUCAAGAUACCGCUACUUUAAAUACCACUGACAAUAAUAAAUGUAACGAAAUAGAAAACAAACUGUUUGAUUUUGAGCAUACAGUUCUUGGAUAUGAAAACUUAUUGCAUCUUGCAGUUUUAUAUCAUGCUUCCGCUUGUAUUCAAAUCUUAAUCAAUCCACCAUAUAUGUGGAGUCCAUAUUACGUGAAUAAAAAUGGGGAAAGUGCUAUGCAACUAGCUGAACAACAAGGAUGUUUUAAAUUGCAAUAUAUAAUGGCAGCAAAUUCACCAGAAAAUUUUUUUGUUACUCCUGAAUUCUCACUCCGAUCAGUUUCGUCGCUUUUAAUUUAUCCACAAGCAUUUAUUACAGAACCAUUUUCUUAUAGUGAGCUUUUCAAUUGGAGUAACUAUGAUGUUAUGCCUGGUAGUGCAGUUGAAUACCUGAACAACAGAAUAAUUGGUCAAUAUAGAUCAGUUCAUAAUUUAUCAUUACUUUUUGAAUUGAUAAUUGCAACUCCAGAAAUUUGUCCUACAAUAUUAUCAGAUAUAAAUGAAAUACGUAAAAUAUUAAAUGAUAUUAAGAAAUAUUAUGAAAAUUAUAAUAGAACAUUAGAUGAUAAAUGCCGAUAUGCUAUGGAACUGCAUUUUUUAACUAUUUUUUCUGAACAUAUGACAGUAACUCAUAAAUGGGAAGAAAUAUGGAAUAGAUUAUUUUAUACGUGGUUAUUUUAUCGUACAGUAAUUAAAAAUAAAAAGAAUAUCAAAUGGAAUGACAUCAAUACUUACAUGUACAUUCAACAACCAUUUGAAUUACAAGCUAUUUGUCGUAUUUCAUUGAGAAGAUAUGCAGUAAAACAAACAGAUUGAUAACUACAUAUUUGUCUUUAUAAAAAUGUGAACCAGUUCGUGAGUUGUUACACUCCUUGACUUCCAAGUGCUGAUUCAUAUUUACAAGGAUAGAUUUUUUGUAUAAAAAUCACCAUUAUGGAUACAAAACCUGACAAUAUUCGAACACAGCUGGUCUAAAAAACCUAAAAUGAACAUCAAUGUUAGUUGAUGAGAAAUUGUGCUCAAAUUACAAAUUCAUCUUUGCUCAUGACUAUAGUUGCUUCUCAUUAUUUUAAGAUAUCUGCAUAAUGAUAAUUUAAUAUAUUGUAAGGAAACAAAUGUUAAUGAACAACUACAGCAGCGAGUCAAUUUAUACUUUUUUUUCAAGAACAAAUCAUAUUCACUAUUGCACUUAUGUAGAAUAAUUUGGACUAAGUAAUAUCUCAAAUAUUGAUGUGUGAAAGUAAAUUUUGCUAGGAUUAUUCAUCAAGUUGUACAUGUGCUGUCAUAAUAUAUAAAUUAUUUUCUUUUUGAAAAAUUACUUUCAUCAGGUGUCAACUACGCUUAUUUCGUUAAACAUUUGGACUUACCAAUACACUUGGAAAAUUACCUACUCUAUAGUGAAUACUGGUAUCUUUGAAAAUUCAGAAACCAAAGUCAUACUAACACAUAAAAAAUUAUAUUCACAGAUAUCCUUGAAUUUUGUACAUGUUUCAUACUGACAUACACAAUGUAAAUACCGAUUAAUCUCUAAAGUAACAUUCAUGAAGGGUUAUUUUUUAAGCAAACUAAUGCAUUACUACUAAUUUUAAACCACAUGGUAAGCUACUCAAUUCUGUUUUAAAGACGUAACAGCCUGAAUUCGUGUUUGAAUAAAUUUCAAUAAACUGUCAAAGUAAAGGAUAUCCAAAGCCCGCUUCGACAGUUUGAAUAAAUGUUUGUCAGAACCCCUAAUUUAAAAUCAGUCACAAAAUUGGGACCAGAAUAAUUCACUCGAACUGAAGAAAUCAUAAAACUACCUAACUGAUUCUAAAAGCUGUGGCGACUUUUCGUGUUAGGUUAAAUCAAAAUAUGAUAGUAAAACUGUUUGAAAUAACUGCUAAUAGUUAUCCUUCAAAAAUCACUAUCACCUGGGACGGGACUGGAAAUCCAUGAUUAUUGAACAGUUCUUACAGUCAGAAUUUAUGGGCCAACAUAUGGGAAAAUUUUCCAAUACUGAUAAUUGUAUUAGUUCAUAAUGGGAAUGAAGCUUAAUUAAGUUCUUAUCCGAUGAUCAACAACACUUCGACGAUAUAUCAGCCUAAACUGCCUUACAAAUUAUAUAAACGAACUCUAAUUUGCUGCUAUCAAUGUUUUAUAAGUAGCCAAUAGUUAACAUUUACUAGUCGAAUGCUAUUUUGAACGAUAUCACUCAAUGAAUCUCCACACUACUAACAGUACAAUAUUCUAAUGGAUGAUAUAA